AUGAGGAUGCAGGACUGAGUAGGGUAUCAGAGGAAAGAAUAGCAUUCUGGGGUGCGCAUCAGAGUAGUGUAUAGUCUUUUAGGCUAUCACAAAUCAAUAUAGAUGCAGAUGCAGUGCAAGCAAAAUGCUCCACUCUUGUGGAUUAUCAGGUUAUGAUGGACGUUUUGAUUCUCGUGGGCUUUUCUUCGAUCCUCCACUUGUCUCUGUUCUGGCAUCAAGCAAGGAGAAGAGCAGAUGAAAAAAUGGAGGGGGGGGGGGAGGUGGUCAUGGGAGAAGCAGUGAGUGCGUGAGUGAGUCCAACAGGUACGUCUCUUUCUGACUACCCACUCGCUCAGUCACGUCUCUCUCUCUUAAAUUCUGCGCACAAAGUCACCCACACUAGCCAUCUCUGACAACUCGUAUCACCCACCUGAUUCGCUUAGUUUUUCUUUUGUUUUCUUUUCCUCCCUACCUUUAUGCUUAUAUAUAUAUAUAUAUCUAUCUGUGUGCGUGUGUGUGAAAUUCUCUCGCGCAAAUUAAUGAAAAAAACAAAGCUGUGGUGGUGACUGGAAAAGGCUGUUUGAGAGGUCCAAGAGAACAAAAGAGAGUAGCGGGCUGUAAAAACCAGGGAACCCUGCUUUAGGAGGAAAACCGAGCUCGUACUUUGAAUUUUUGUUAUAGCCUGUGUGUAUGAGCCCUGCUUUAGCGGUUGUGUGAGAUUAUGCCCACCACCUUUGUUCCUUAAUUAUGGCUUUCAAUUCGGUCGUUCUGCUUCUUCUCUUCUUCCUCUCCUGCGCUGGACUUUGUUUCUCUUCCGAGCCUCGCAACCACGAAGUGGAGGCUUUGAUGAGCAUAAAGAAUGCUCUGACUGACCCGCAUGGAGUUUUAAGCAACUGGGAUGAGUACUCUGUGGACCCUUGCAGUUGGGCUAUGAUCACAUGUUCUCCUGAUUCCCUUGUCAUAGGCCUGGGAGCUCCUAGCCAAUCUCUUUCAGGAACUCUAUCAGGAGCAAUCGCAAAUCUGACAAAUCUUCGGCAAGUUUUACUGCAGAACAACAAUAUCUCCGGCAAAAUCCCACAGGAGCUUGGUAACCUUGCAAAGCUUCAGACUCUUGAUCUUUCCAAUAAUCGAUUCUCUGGGCCCAUUCCAGUGUCUUUGAGUUGGUUGAAUAAUCUCCAGUACCUGAGGCUGAACAACAACAGUCUGUCUGGGCCAUUUCCUGUAUCACUGUCCAAAAUCCCACAGCUUUCUUUCUUGGACUUGUCUUACAACAAUCUCAGCGGACCAUUACCCAAGUCUCCGGCCAGAACAUUCAACGUUAUUGGAAACCCCUUAAUUUGUGGAAGCAGUUCUACUGAAGGCUGCUAUAGAUCAGCAACCCUCACACCUGUUCCUUUCACUCUAAUAUUGUCACGAGGAAAUCACAAGUCCGAGAAGCUUGCAAUUGCACUUGGGGUCAGUCUCAGCUUUGCUAGCAUCAUACUUGUGUCUUUUGGGAUCUUUUGGUACAGGAAGAGACGGCAGAGCAAAGCCAUUCUGUACCUCAAUGAUUAUCAAGAAGCGGGACUUGUUAGCUUGGGAAAUCUCAAAAAUUUUACUUUCAGAGAGCUCCAACAUGCAACAGACAAUUUCAGCUCCAGGAACAUACUUGGAGCAGGAGGUUUUGGCAAUGUUUAUCGGGGGAGGCUUGGAGAUGGGACAAUGGUGGCAGUGAAAAGGCUGCAUGAUGUAUGUGGAAUUGCUGGUGAAUCACAGUUUCAAACAGAACUGGAGAUGAUCAGCUUGGCAGUUCACCGUAAUUUACUUCGCUUGAUAGGAUUUUGUGCCAUUCCUAAUGAAAAGCUUCUGGUUUACCCUUAUAUGUCUAACGGUAGUGUGGCUUCCAGGCUCAGAGGCAAACCUUCUUUGGACUGGAACACAAGAAAGAGGAUUGCCAUUGGAGCUGCUAGAGGUCUUCUGUAUCUUCAUGAACAAUGCGAUCCGAAGAUAAUACACAGAGAUGUAAAGGCUGCUAAUGUGCUUCUAGAUGACUAUUUUGAGGCUGUUGUUGGUGAUUUUGGGCUUGCAAAGCUCCUUGACCAUGCUGACUCUCAUGUCACAACUGCUGUCCGUGGCACUGUUGGCCACAUUGCACCAGAAUAUCUUUCCACUGGCCAAUCUUCUGAGAAAACUGAUGUAUUUGGAUUUGGCAUUCUCUUGUUGGAGCUUAUAACUGGAAUGACAGCCCUUGAGUUUGGGAAAACAGUUAAUCAAAAGGGUGCUAUCCUAGAGUGGGUCAAGAAAAUACAACAAGAAAAGAAACUUGAAGUAUUGGUGGACAAAGAGUUAGGUAGUCACUAUGACUGGAUAGAGGUGGGGGAAAUGUUACAAGUAGCUUUACUCUGCACUCAAUAUUUGCCGGCCCACCGCCCUAAAAUGUCUGAAGUGGUCCGGAUGCUCGAAGGCGAUGGCCUUGCUGAGAAAUGGGCAGCAUCACAUAAUCAUGGUAGCCUUAGCAUGAGCUCCUUUCACAGCAACAGUAGCAACAGCUCAUCAUUCCGCCCGACCACCAACCCAUCAAAUUCAAAACACCAUGACAAUGUUCAUGAUCGUUCCUACAUGUUUGGCAUGGCCGUGGAUGACGACGACGACGGACGUUCUUUGGAUUCCGAUGCCAUGGAACUCUCUGGUCCAAGAUGAUACUUUUUUUCAGGACAUAAUCAAUAUUCUGAGAGGAUAUAUCAUCUUUUUUUUUUUUUUGCCUGUGAUAUAAUGAUGUGUGUGCAUACAUAUUUGGUAUGAAAUAUGAUCAUCUGGGGUUUGUGCUAUAAUUGUAAAUAGUAGCAGUACUUGUUCAUGCUUCUGUACAAACAAGAAAGAGUGGAAGGAAGCGCACCAUUGGAUUCUUUGUUCUCAAUUCUGAACCAGGAGAGUUGACUGUAGAAGGACUCGAGUUUUUGUUGUUCAGCUCGAAGUAUGAGUGAAGCUUGUCAGUCUGGGUUUUAGCCGUUAGAUGUCAUUUUCAAUCUCAUGCUUUUGCAGGGUCACGCGCCACUUUUCUCACCUCUCUUUUUCUUCUUUUCUCUUAAAUUUUAGCUCACUUUCUGAUGGAAGCGGGAGAAAAACGUGAAGAUGUAUGCAAAUUUUCUUCCAAAGUUUGCUGUCCAGUACAUGAUUUCCAAUUUUGUAUGCGAUUUUUGUUCUAGUUUCCUUCCUUAAGUUCUUUGUAUCACCUUCAAAUUCAUAAUGGAAAAUUAAAUCCCUUUGGAAUAAAA